CCCGCCGCCGCCGGGCGGGAGCGAUGGCGGCUCACCUGAGCUCGGGGCGCGUGAACCUGACGGCUCUGCGCGAGGCGGGGCGCAGGGAGCUGCGCGAGUUCCUCGAUAAGUGCGCGGGCUCCAAGGCCAUCGUGUGGGACGAGUACUUGACUGGGCCGUUCGGGCUGAUCGCGCAAUACUCGCUGCUCAAGGAGCAUGAGGUGGAGAAGAUGUUCACCCUGAAGCCGGGCCGCCUGCCCCAGGCUGACGUCAGAAACAUCAUCUUCUUCGUGAGGCCCAGGCUGGAGCUGAUGGACAUCAUCACGGACAACGUGCGCAGGGAGGACAGAGGCCGUUCUCCCCAGAGGGAUUUCCACAUCCUCUUCGUGCCGCGCCGCAGCCUGCUGUGCGAGCAGUGGCUGAAGGAGCAGGGCGUGCUGGGGUCCUUCAUCCACCGGGAGCAGUAUAGCCUGGACUUGAUACCCUUCGAUGGGGACCUGCUGUCCAUGGAGUCUGAGAGCGCCUUCAAGGAAUGUUACUUGGAGAGUGACCAGACAAGUCUGUACCACGCAGCAAAGGGGCUGAUGACUCUGCAGGCUCUCUAUGGAACCAUCCCCCAGAUUUUUGGGAAGGGCGAAUGUGCCCGGCACGUGGCUAACAUGAUGAUCAGAAUGAAGCGCGAGUUCCCUGGAAGCCAGAACUCAAUAUUUCCAGUCUUUGAUACCCUCUUGUUGCUGGACCGCAAUGUUGAUCUGCUGACACCGUUAGCCACGCAGCUGACAUACGAAGGGCUGAUUGAUGAAAUCUAUGGAAUUCAGAAUACGUAUGUGAAACUCCCUCCUGAGAAGUUUGCCCCGAAGAAGCAAGGCGAGGGUGGCAAAGAUCUCCCCACAGAGCCCAAGAAACUCCAGCUGAACUCAGCUGAGGAGCUGUAUGCUGAAAUCCGAGACAAGAACUUCAAUGCUGUGGGGUCAGUGCUGAGCAAGAAGGCCAAGAUCAUCUCAGCAGCCUUUGAGGAAAGACACCAUGCAAAAACUGUCGGAGAGAUUAAGCAGUUUGUCUCUCAGCUGCCACACAUGCAGGCAGCAAGGAGUUCUCUGGCAAACCACACUUCCAUUGCAGAACUCAUCAAAGACAUCACCACAUCUGAAGAUUUUUUUGAUAAUUUAACAGUAGAACAGGAGUUCAUGUCUGGAAUAGACACGGAUAAGGUUAACAACUAUAUUGAAGACUGCAUUGCUCAAAAACAUUCAUUAAUCAAGAUCCUACGUCUCGUUUGUUUGCAAUCUGUAUGCAAUAAUGGACUGAAGCAGAAAGUUCUGGACCAUUACAAAAGAGAGAUUCUCCAGACUUACGGCUAUGAACAUAUAUUGACCUUAAACAACUUAGAAAAGGCUGGGCUCCUGAAGCUGCAGACAGGUGGUAGGAAUAACUACCCAACAAUCCGAAAAACCCUGCGCUUAUGGAUGGAUGAUGUUAAUGAGCAGAACCCCAACGACAUCUCCUACGUGUACAGUGGCUAUGCACCGCUGAGCGUGCGCCUGGCACAGCUGCUGGCAAGGCCGGGGUGGCGGAGCAUAGAGGAGGUACUAAAAAUGCUGCCAGGACCCCACUUUGAGGAGCGGCAGCAGUUACCGACCGGCCUUCAGAAAAAGCGUCAGCACGGUGAGAACCGAGUCACGCUGGUGUUCUUCCUGGGAGGUGUGACAUAUGCAGAAAUAGCUGCACUGAGAUUUCUAUCUCAAAUGGAAGAUGGAGGCACAGAGUACGUCAUUGCCACCACAAAACUGAUCAAUGGAACAACCUGGAUCAAAUCCUUGAUGGAGAAAUUAGAGCCUGCCCCUUUCUAGAAUCUAUGGCAAGAGAGAGUGAAACUGAGCAGCCCUGUGUGAUGUAGGUGCAUCACCUGCUGCUGGGGCUCUUGACUAGGAAGGAAUCAUGCUCCUGGAAGAAUGGCAUGCUCCUGAUACCAGUCCAUGAUGCAGCUUCCCACCUCCCUCUCUGCACUUGUAUUCCCACUGUUUGUUUGUGGAACUUGUAGUAGCCCAGCGGUGCUGAAAGACAUUAACCAUGAAAUAAACAGUGGAGAAAGAGA